AUGAAAGAGCCGGACGCUCAUUCCAACAACAACCACCAACAGCUUACAACACAACAUCCUGAAGGAGAUAGGCUUAUACUUUUAACAUCCCUUAUCAAGACUUCAGUUUCAAUCUGCAAUAUGAGAUCUCUUUUAUCGACGUACAUACUGAUUUGUAUAUGCUUCCAAUGUAUGGUAUCUUCUUCAAUUGUAACAUCACUCGAUGGUGACAAAUUAAAUGAAUUUGAAUACGUUUUAAAAAGACAAAGAGUCGACAAUUCCGAUGGACAGGAUUCGAAGGAACGUCGAAGUAAUAUGGGUUCUUCAUUCAUAAGAUUUGGCCGUAGUCAAUCAGAAAAUGGUGGUAUGGACAGUGAAACGGAAGAAGUUAAAGUUGAUAGACAUCCACGAUGGAAAUCACCGGAUAUUACUAUUCGAUUUGGUCGAUCGGAUAUAAAAAAUAUUCAUCCUGGUCGAAUCUACGAAGAAUCGAACAAUUUAAAUAUUGUCAGGAACGAAUUAUACUCAAUAUGUUCGGAUAUGUUAAUGGCUGCAACGAGUGGUAACAAGGACGAACGAUCUUACAUACCAAGGAUACUACGUUUUUGUAAUACAAUAGGAGAACGAAUAAAUUGAAACAUUUACUAACCACACACGCACAUACACACACACAUAGAUACAUACAUAAAUGCGGUACUAUAUAUUCGACAUAUUACGCGACUUCUAUGUAAUUUUGCGGCAAAAAGAAAACACAAAAAAAACAUUCGAAAAAAUGUACGGCUAAAAAACACAAAAA